GGGACGGGGGCGGGGCCAACCCGACGGAGAAAAGCCCAUCUAGUCCAACCCUCGCUCUUUGGACCCAGCUAGGCUUCAGUCAUCUUCUAGUCCCGAGAGCUGACUUUCUGGGCUGGCCGACGUGCGGGAUGCAAGCCGGGAAGCCUGUCCUCUAUUCCUAUUUCCGAAGCUCCUGUUCAUGGAGAGUUCGAAUCGCUCUGGCGUUAAAAGGCAUUGAGUAUAAGACAGUGCCCAUCAACCUCAUAAAGGAUGGGGGGCAACAGUUUUCUGAGGAAUUCCAGACCCUGAAUCCCAUGAAACAAGUGCCAGCCCUGAAGAUCGAUGGAAUCACCAUUGGCCAGUCACUGGCCAUCAUGGAGUACCUGGAAGAGACUCGGCCUAUCCCACGGCUUCUGCCUCAGGACCCACAGAAAAGAGCCAUCGUGCGCAUGAUUUCUGACCUCAUCGCUAGUGGCAUCCAGCCCCUUCAGAACCUAUCUGUCCUGAAGCAAGUGGGACAGGAGAACCAGAUGCCUUGGGCCCAAAAGGUUAUUACUUCCGGUUUUAAUGCUCUGGAGCAGAUUCUACAGAGCACUUCAGGGAAGUACUGUGUAGGAGAUGAGGUGUCCAUGGCUGAUGUGUGCUUAGUGCCUCAGGUGGCAAAUGCUGAAAGGUUCAAGGUGGACCUCAGCCACUACCCUACCAUCAGUCACAUCAACAAGGCGCUGCUGGCCUUGGAAGCUUUCCAAGUGUCUCACCCGUGUCGACAGCCAGAUACACCUGCCGAGCUGAGGACUUAGCUCCCAAACCAUGGAAGUAGGAGUAGGGUUCAGAUGCUGAGUGCCUUAGUUAGGGUUUCUGUUGCUGGGAACAGACAACCAUGACCACCGCAACUCUUAUCAAGGAAAACAUUUAAUUGGGGCGGGCUUAGAUUCAGAGAUUUAGUCCAUUACCAUCAUGGCAAAAAGCAUGGCAUCGUGCAGGCAUAGUGCUAGAGACGUAGUUGAGAGUUCUACAUCUUGAUCUGAAGGCAGCAGGAAAAGAGAGUGACACUAGGCCUCGCUUGAGCACUUGAAGCCUCAAAGCCUGCUCCCAGUGACCCGCUUCUUCCAAUACCUCCCAAUAGUGCCACUCGCUAUCAAUCUAUGGGGACCAUUUUAGUCCAAACCACCACGCUGGAUAAGCUGAGCAGGCCCAGGAAUGAGUGAGCUGUAAUAGAAGACUUGAACUCUGCUCUUCCCUCAGGAAGCAGCAGAGACUCUUAGAGUCCAUGACAUUUCUUUGAGACCCCCAGUAUUAAGUUUUCUCUAGAGAAAUGAAGCUAAUAGCACAUAUCUUCCCUUGGGACUUCAUUCUGCCUUAACCUGCUCAUCUGUCAUAGGUGGGGGUGGGCGGACAUGACCUGCUCUAAUAGCU